AUGGAAGGAUCACAUCUUCCUCUUCAUAAACAAACAAAUCAUCCACAUCCACAUCCACAUCCACAUCCACAUCCACAUCCACAUCCACAUCCACAUUCACAUCAACCGGCAAAUGUUGGUUCUCGUAUGAGACAAGUUGGAAUGCCCAGCCAACAAAUCUUCACGAGACCAACAACAGUGAAUUCAAGAUCAUUUAUUCAGAACCAAUAUAUACAAAUGAAUAGUGAUGAGAUAAAUGCAAUCAUUCAACGAAGAAAUGCCCACGCUGCUGCUACACAAUAUUAUGGAAAUUCAGUAGCACAAAAUUCAAGAUUGAGACCUCUACCAAUUCAAAAUUCAAUGAAUUUCACAAAUCUUGAAUUUGGUUCAGAAAGUCCGAUUGGACAAGUUCUCAAAAAACAACUCGAAAAACCAGUGAGAAAUGAUUUUCGAGAAAAAUCACAAAAAAAGAAGGUGGUUACUUGUGCAGAAGUUGAGAAGAGGAAAAGAGAAGCAACUUAUGAAAAAAUGAAUCUUUUUUAUGCGAAGAUGGAAGAAGAUACAAAUUUGUAUCCAACAUUUCAAAAUGCGCACGAUUGUUCAUUGGAUUUCUAUUUUCACAUGCAGCAUGCUGAUUUGGAAGUGACUGAAUUGAGUCAUUUACAAAAAGUCCGAAACUUUUUUAAAGUUCUUUUAAAUUCGGUUAGUUUUUAUUUUUAUCAAUUACAAAAUGAAACAAACGUGUUUUUCCAGAAUCGGGAUACGCAGCAGAACAUUCGAGAUAGUGAAUAUUUCUGUAGGGAAUAUUUUUUGGAAAAAUCUGGAAUUUCAUUUCGAUAUGAUUUUUCAUCCGAUGUUCCUGAUUUGGUUCACCCACCAGUUCUACUAACUGGAUAUUUUCCAUAUAGUUGUAUUUCAAAUACACAAAAAGCUGAAUAUCUUUGUGCUCGUUACAAAGAAGCUGUCAAAGAAUAUCAGCGAUUGAUCCCGUAAGUUUUCUUCUCAUUUCUAUGGAAUCAAAAUUAUUUCAAUAAUUACAGCGCUGUGAAAAAUGUGAAAAGAUUUGAUAUGACUGUGGUUGCGGCAAAAGCUCAUUUUCUUUGGGAUUUUCAUCGCGAAGGUCGCCAUAUUCAUGGUUUUUUUUAUUUUGCAAAAGAUGCAUAUCAUACCUAUAUGGUUGACAUGUUCAACAACUUCCUGUUUCCUGGCGAUUUACCGUAUGAAGCCUGGGAUGAACGUGUUAAAGUGGCAUUUGAUCGAGUUUGUUCUUUCAAUUUGCAUUUAUCAGAAGUUAUUCGAAGGUAUGCUUUUUAAAGUUAAUUUUAUUUACAAAUAAUUAUUUUUCAGCAAUUAUGAAGAUUUCAAAGAAAUUUCUAAUCGAUUUUAUGAUUCAUAUCAAAGCCCACAUGUAACAAAAUCGAAAGAAUAUCCAAAAGGUGUUAACCAAAUAAAAGUUCGAAAAGUCGGACAGCAAAUGGAAAAUAAGCACAUAUUUGGUAAUAGGGCUAUUCAUAUUGGAGGGACCAAACCAUUGGGUGUAGGAUGGAGUUAUACAAAGUAAGAAAACACUUUCCAGUAAUUAAUUUUUAAUUUCAUUUUUUUAGCCAAUUGACCGAUGAAGAGGGAAAUUUGAUAAAACCAUCUGGAUUGAAUGAAUAUCUCAAUAUUACUGGUCCACUUUCAAAUGUAACAACAAGCACAUCUACAGAUGAUGGUCAAUAUGAUGAAAGCGAGAGAAUUAAACAUUUUCUUCUACCUGUUCUUCACGAAUUGACUGGUCAAAUGUCAAGUGAGUUUUUUUUAAAGUUUUCCACAGAACAUUUUGAAAAACAAUUUUAUUCAGGUGGUUUCGAAAAAGGACUACAUUAUGAGAAUUUUGAGACAAAUGAAGAAGUUAAAGAAGUUGCCCAAGUGUUGACAAUUUUGGUUUGUUCAAUUGCUGUUGAGGAUGUUGGCGAAGAAGCAGUUCUUGGUGAACAAGAAAAUGUGCAACAAGUUUUUGUUGAUAAACCUGCUAGAUUUGAUGAUAUUAUUGAUUUGGAUGGAGUUUCAAUUUUGGAACCAGAACCGGAAGUGGCUCAAACAACUCCACAAAAUAAAGAAGAUAAUUUAUCUGUUGAAAUUUCAAUUGAUCCAAUUCAACAACAAACUCCAAAGAAAAUUAUUGAAGAAUUGGAUGAAAUGGGAGAAAUAUUGGAGGAACCCGUCAGCCAGCCAGUGCAAUCAACCAGUCAAAUUCAAAUUCAAACUGAAACUAUUGAAAAAUCAAUUUCGAACCAAGAUCAUGUUUAUGAACAUGUUCCAAUUCGAUCAGGACCAGUAACACCAGUCAGAUCUAUUGCUGAAAUUAUUGAAUCAGUGUCGAAGGAACUCACAAUUGAGAGACAGAAUUCUCCACCUUUGACAUUAUCAAAUAUUCAUGAACAUCCAGGAAGUAGAAAAAUAGAUGCAUUGAAUCUAAUCAAAAACGAGACACCAAUCAAAAUUAUUGAAAAAAAUCACAAAUCCAAAGAAUUGUUGCAAUCAAUUUGCGAUUAUAUCAAUUGUUCAUAUGAAGAAACUUGUGAUUGGCUAGUAAUAUUAUCAAGCGUUAGUUUUCUUAAAUUAUUUUUUUCAAUACGGUUUAUUUUUUUUUCAGAAAGUUCGAAAAAAUCAAACGGUCGCCAAAGCAGAUCCAUUCUUACAAAAUCUUUCAAAAUGUUUCAAUUUUCAUGAAGAUUUGACAAGCGGAUCAAAAUGGUGGACAUUUGAUAUUGAUGUUGAUGCUAUGUUUUCUGGCUCUCUUGAAAACAAAAAACAAGAAUAUUUGGAAUAUAGAGAAAAUCCAAACAAAAGUAAAAAGAGAACUCUCGAUCAAUCUCCAACUAUUCCGACAAAAGUUCCUCGUUUGGGUAUGCAAUUUUUUCAAUUCGCUCAAUUCCAAAUAAUAUUUUUUUCAUUUUUCCAGAUGAUACUGUAGGUCCAAGCACCCCAACAACCCGUGAAAAGAGACGUUCGGCAUCAAAAAGCGUUUCUCCGCGAACUACUCAAAAUGAAAAUACCAAGAAUGAUGGACCAACUUUACCAAUUAUUGUGAAUGAUGAAGAAGGCAUUGAUGUUGUUACAAUAAACAAAGAUUCAAAUGAAAUGGAAAUUGAAAUUGAGAAAGAAAUUAUUGAAGAACAAAACAUUGAACCAAUUAUGAUAUUGGAUGACACUAAUAUUCCUUCAACAUCAACCGGAAAAACAAAGGAGAUUAUUGAUUUAGAAAAUGAGUUGCUCGAACAAGAAUCAAUUGAAGAAGUUAUUCCAGAAAUCUCGACUAUUUAUAAUGUUGAUGUCGAAAGAAAAACAAUUCGUGGAAUUGCAACAGUUUCCUUGAAUCUCACUCAAAAUUGCAAUUCUCAAUCAUUCUCGGAAACAUAUUUUGCUGGAAAAUUCAACAAAGAUUAUAUUGAUAGAAGAAUCACUGCUGUUUUGGAUGAAACAAAUGAUUUUAGAACUGAACUAGUUGAAAUUGGAAAUGAAGAACAUAUUGAAUCGGAAGAAGUUCUUAAUUCGAAUAUUGAUAUAGUAUUAGAUGAAUGUGAAGUUAUGACUGAGAAUCUAACUGUUGCUCCAAAUGAAUCAGUAUCACUGAGCGAAAAAGAUAGAAACGAUGAAUUAGUUGUCACAUUGGAUACACCAAAUACAACAGAACCAACUGAAAUCACUAUUUCUGAGCCAACACAAACAACAAUGGAAACAGAAUUAGAAAUUCUGAAGCAACCAGUUGGUGUUGUUAUUUCAUUAAAAAAUGAAAUUUUGGAUUAUGGCCAGGAUUCGCUAUCAGUUCAUUGUAAUUCAACGGAUAUGCAACGAAAUGGAGAAUGUGCAUCUAUCAAGACAACAAUUGAUGCAGUUCCAAUUAGCGAAGAUGUUGUCGUAUUUUCAACUCAUGAUUCAGAAAUUGUUCAAGAAAAAGAAGCGGAGAAGGGUAUUGUAGUUGAAGCUGAUAUUAAUAUGGCAACAACAAUUGAAACAGCUUAUAAUAUUCCGGAAACAAUCGAGCAAAAUUAUGAUCGAGAAAGUAUUGCUGGAAAAAUGUUUGGCUGAGCUCGAAACAAAAUCAGUUAACAUUGAAUCAACUUCACUGGAUAUUCAAAAUUCAACUAUUGAAUUGAAUGAUAAACGAGAUGGAUCUAAGAUAUUGGCCAAAGUUAAAUGUGUCAGUGUUGAAACUGAAAAACUUGCCGUUUCUGACAACAAAGUGAAACAUGGAAAAAUUUGUGAGAAUGCUGAGAAAUCAUCUGCAGUUGUUAAAUGUGCAAAAAUCAGAAAACAUUCAAUGGCAAUAUAUGGUGGAAUUCGUAAGAAGUUCAAGAGUAAGAAUAGAAGACCGAAGAGUCACGUGAAUAUAAGAACCAAUCUGAGCAAUUAUGCUACUUAUCGAAUGAAUCUCAAGCAAAUAAGAAAACGACUUUAUUUACAUAAAGACGACGUCGCAAUUGAUGCUGUUUUCAAAAUGGGACCAACAGUUGAAGAACAUAUGGAAGUUGUUGAUUCAAUAAGUGAUUUGAACAAAAAUUCAUCGGAUUCAUCAAUUCCUCCAGAUGAUGGUAUAAAUUGCGACAAAAUUGGUGCAUCAACAUCGAAUGAUGUGAAUACAGUGAAUAAAGAAACUGAAGAAAAAUUGAAUAAGGCCAAUAUAUUUGCAAUGAAAGAGCAAAAAGAAAUUUUAGAUUCUGUUCUACCAACUCAAAAUUUCGCGAAAACUGAAUUCACUCUCAAGAUGCCUGCUAAACCUCGCGUUGUAAUGGAUUCUGAAAGUAAGUUAGAAAUUUAUAUAAUUUAAUUUAAAUAAACAUAUAUUUACUUUCAGAGCAAUCUUAUAAUCAAAUCGAUAUCCUUUCUGCUGCUGUUAAGGAAACACUUGGAGAUGAUAUAUUCGAAAACAUUUUCAAUGAUUCAAAAGCAAAUAAAAUAGAGGAAAGGAAACAAGAGAUUAUGAUGAUGAAACCAUCAACUUCUGGAACUGAUUUCAAUCAAACUUCAGAACCAUCAACCUCUUCUUAUUCAUUGGAGAAAUUACCAAUGUCACACGAGGCUGAAAACUUCCUCCAAAUGCUUGUAGAUCAAACAAAUGAUGAAUCUUCACGUAUGUUUUUUUGUUUUUCAGUUUUUAGAUACAAACUCUUUUUGUUUCAGGAAUUCGAAUUGAGGCACAAACAAAUAUAUUGAAUUCUGAUGAAACAUCAACGCCAUUUAUACAUCAAGAAGAUAAUGCGGAAAAUCAAUGGGUCCCAUAUCCAGACAAAUUUGAUAAUCGUGACAAAAAUAGGAAACAAAAUGCGGAUGCAUCUAAAAAUAAACCAUCGUCUUCGACUUCCAAAUCAAAAGACUCUGAAAAGGAAAUGAUUGACGAUGAUCCUUCCACUCAUUUUGUUUGUGAUUUGAUUGCUAAUCGCUUCUUCAAAUUUGAACCAAAGAAUGUUAUGCUGAUGUCAAAAAAAUUCAAGAAGCAUAUUUUCUUGGACUUUUCAAUCAAAACAGACACGAAUUUGUUCUGUAAGUUAAUCAAAAUUGAUUUCAUUUCCACAAUUUUUGUUUCAGUUCCUCUGCUAUUCCCCCGUGAAAAUGGAAAGGUUUCAUGUUUAACAUCACGAUCGAUGGAUAUUUCCAGACAUGUUUUUGAUGAAAAAGCAAUCAAAUGUGAGUUUCAGCUGAAUUAAUUUUGAAAAAUGUUGUUCUUCUAGGUUUCGUCAAAGUUUCACCAUCUACACUCUAUAAGGCUUGGAGAGAACCACAAAUUAAACAAUCAGGAGGUUUGUGGAUGUUUUGUUACUCUAAUACAUCUAUUCAUUUGGGAAAAAAACACCAAAAAAAGUUAUUUUUUCUAGAAUUUUUUUCUAUUCGCGAAAAUGCACAAAAUAAAUGUCAAUCCUGACGAGACUCACACAAAAAUAACGAGCGAAAAAAAACAAGAAAUGAGAUUUUCAAGAAAAUCUAUUUUUCACACUUGCUGUCUCGAAAUGAGUAUGGGUCUUGUCACGAUUGCAUGUAUUACACGACAAUUUGAGUAAAAGUUAAAUAACAAAUAAAUUUUAACGAAAAUGGGCGGAGCCUAAUAUACAUGCAUACAUGCAUAGGUAGACAACAGAUAUAUACACGAAAGAUGCGUUUCUCUGCUGUCUGCCUAUACCUGUAUAUUAGGCUCCGCCCACUUUCGUUAAAAUUUAUUUGUUCUGUAAAAGCGUGUACAAUUUGUGAAUUUGGUGAAUUAAAAAAAUUGUUAAAAAGUUUUUUUUUUGUGUUUUUUUUUUGCAUAUGAAUGCAUAAAAAUUGGUUUUUUAGUAUUCGAUUCACCAAAUGUGACAGAAUUGACUUGGACAGAAUUUUUUGUUGGAAACUGGACACUAUCAGGUCAUAAAAUUCGAGCAACUGGUAAUGAUUUUUUGCAGAAAAAACUUGAUUUGCUUAUUUUUAUUUCCAGAUUUCAUUUUCCGUCCUCUCAACCAAGACGCUACUAAAUAUGCCAUCAUUUUUUAUGAAGCUGGUUGGUUCAAUCAAAUUAUUUGCCGACAUGUUCCUGAUUCACUUGUUCACCCUGUGGAUUCAGCGGAACAUGGUUGUGCUGGAUGUACAGAUAAAACAGUUUAUUUGAUACAUAUCUGUGAUUGCGAGGAGAAUGCUUCUUUGAAAACCGCCAGUAAUGCCAUAAUUAUCAAUUUGCGAAAUGCAAAGCUUACAAAUAAACGACAUGAUAUGAUUGGCCGAUUUAUUUGUCAACACGGACCUUCUGAAAAAUUGACUAUAAUCAAUAAAUCAGCAGCGCCACCAAAGUUAUCGAACGGUAUUAUUCACGGAGUUACAAAUGUUUUCCUUAAACUCUCCGACAGUUCUGUUUGCGAUGAAUCUCCAUUUUCCUUUGGUUUUAUCAAUUCAUUGUUGGAAGAACCCGAAUAUACCGAAAAUCAAAUAUCGAUUGAUUCAAACCAACUGUCAAAUCCACUCGAUUUAUACACUCCAACAACUCGACAUCUCACAGGACCUUCAACAAUUCCAGAUAGUUUUGUGGUCUCAAAUCAACUAGAAUUUUCUCAACAACCAAGUGGAUCACAAUCCUGCGACAAUUUGUAUAAUGAAACUGAAAGAUUCUUUGAUGAUUUAGCAGUGAUGGACAAUGAUAAAUUAACAACUCCAACACGCUUGCCAAUUUAUGAAAAGGAACAUGUUAAUUAUAAUGCAGAACAAUCUAUCCAACCAGAACAAGUGUUACAAGCUAUUCAAUUAACACCACCAACUGCACAGCAAGCCUUGCAUCCUCAAAAUCCUCUUUCUGUGCCAACAAUACAACAAAACGCACAGCAUUUCCAAUCAUUCCAACAGCAACAUCAACAAGGAAUUGCAUCAAAUACAGCUCCGCGUUCAGUUCCAGUACCAUCUACACAUCAAACCUCACCAACUGAUUAUAUUAUUGGACAACCUCAAUCAAAUCCAUCAUUUUAUUCGGAUAUGAAUCCAAGCAGUGUGCAACAAAUUUCAUCAAGUUCUUCAGCAGUUUUAUAUCAACCUCAAGCAUCAGGAUCACAACAAGAUAAUUGUGCGAUUCGUGCUUUGUCACAACAAAGUCAACGUCAAAAUGUUACUCAUUUGAGUCAACCACCAACACCUUUGUUCCAAGGAUAUUCAUUACAAUCACAAAUUGGAAUUUUCAAUGAAGAAGGACCAUCGCAACCUCGUCCUCAACCGGCAACAAAAAGUCGCCAAAAGAAAACACCGACGGAGCCGAAGAAAACUCCAGUAAAACGAUCCACUGCUAAAAAUCGAAAAGAAACAUCAGAAGAACAAUUGAGACAACAUGAAAAUCUGUGCAUUCCUGUUAACAAUCCAUAUGGACAUCCAGCUCAAUAUGAAAAUCAAUCAAGAGGUUACCCUAAUGCUGUACAACCUGUUAUGAGUAUUCAACAACAACAACAAGUUGCACAAUUUGGAAUGAUGAAUCCACCAAAUCAUUCUCAAAUGAUUCCACCAGGUGCCCAUCCCUUUGCGCGUCCAUUGGCUCAUCAAAAUCCGGAACUCGUACGUCAACUUGCAAUGCCGAACAGAAACACCUACAAUCAAGGUGCCCAGUAUGCAGCAAAUCCAAAUCAAUCAAGAUCAGAUUUCUAUCCAAAUCCAUAUCCAACACAAUCGCUUCCAAUGGCACCUCAAUACCCAUCAGAAGAACAAUUGAUGCGAUAUGCUCAAAGCCAAAGAAUUCAACAACAUCCAGGAUAUGGGUUACACACAAAUCCACAAGAACAAUAUAUUCGUGGCCCACCGAUAGUGCGGCAACCAUUCCCACCGCAAACUAAUCAACAAUAUCAACAAUUCGAACAGAGAAGACGACAAAUGGAGCAACUUUAUCAACAACAAAAUCAGCAAACACAAAUGCAGCAACAACAACAAAUGCAGCAACAACAACAAAUGCAGCAACAACAACAAAUGCAGCAACAACAACAACAAAUGCAGCAGCAUCAACAAAUGUCGCAACCGUCACAAAUGCAGCGGCCACAAAUGCAGCCACAACAAGUGCAGCCGCAACAAAUGCAGCCGCAACAAAUGCAACCUCCACAAAUGUCAGCUCAACAAAUGCAGCAACAACAACAGCGAAAUCAACCUAUGACUUCUCAAUUCCAAGAAUCAUCAAUGCAAGAUCAGCGAGCGCUGGCUUUCCAACAACAGCAUCGAUUACUACAAGAAGAAGAAAGGCUGAAGCGUGUUGAACAAGAAGAAUUGCACUAUGCUCAAAGUCAGAAUCAAAAUCAGAACCAGCAACCAAUGAAUCCAGCUGGAAAUUUCAAUAAUUUUGGUGGAAAUUAUGAUGCAUUUGGUAAUCAAGGAAUGUUCCCGGAUCCAACGAUGGACAUGCCGUAUGUUGGAUACGAACAGCAACAUUCACAGUCACAGAAUCAAUAUCAUAAUCCAAACCAAAAUCAAAAUCAACAUCAACGUUCUACUGCUGAAAAUAUUUCAACAAUUGAAGAUGAUAAUAAUUCUCGAAGAGCAACACCUGUUGCACCAAGCGUAAGUUUUAGAAAGUUUACAAUUUUUGAAAAUAUGUUUGAAUUUUUAGAGCAAUUCAUCUUCGAGUCCUAGUCAACCAUCCUGGAACUUCGACAACAAUAUUUCAUCAGUUGUAAGUUUAAUAUGGUUGUCAAAAAAUCAAAAAUUACAUUAUUUCAGCGUUCCGAUUCAUAUGCUUAUCGACGUAUUGAUGAAAGUUCAAUUCUUUCUGGAAAACUACCAUCUGUUCCACCAUCGUAUUUGCGUUGUUUGGAAGAUGAUGAAAAUGGUGUCUUGAGUUUGGUCCAAUAUCAAGCAGUACCUGAAACUGUUCCAAUUGCUCAACAAAGUAUUGGAGUCGCAGUUUGUGAUGAAGCUGAAGAAUAUGAAGCACAACAAUAUCGUCGAACUUGUGCAAUGCGAAGAAUGAAAGCUUUCUCGGAAGUGGUUUUGAGAAAACUCAGAAAGGAGAAAGAAAGAUCCAAAGUAACAACAAUUGAAAUUCGAUCAAAAUCUUUGGAGAACAAAAAUCGAGAAAAAUUGGUGGAACAAUCGAAACUUGCGAGAGUUGCAUCAUUAUGUCAACUUUAUGAAAUCGACAAUUAUGCCAAAAAGAAGAUGGAAAUUGUGAAAAAUAAAUUUGAGUUCCAAUUAGAAGAUAAGAAUAAUUCUUCAAUUCAAAUUGAAUCGAAAGAAUUUAUGGAUGAAUUACUGAAUGGUCGCAAAGUAUUUGACGACAACAAGACAAACAUCAAGGAUUCAAUCAGAUUUGAUAUGCUCACUUCAAUGCUUGGUGCCAGUUUUCCACAAGAUGCGCAAAGUUCAAGAAAUAAUGAGAACAAUAUGACGUAUUUGGAUGUUAUCAAAAAAUUCAGUCUCAUGAAAUUCUAUGGUUCAAAGGAUCUCAGCAAAGUUCCAAUGUUCAACAAAGAUGAAGAAAUGAUUCAUGGGGAAUCAAUCAGCCCUGUUAUGGAUGAAUUAUUGAAAUUCAAUCAAUUUAUCCGAGAACAACAUAAUCAUAUCAGGGAGAUUGUUGAUAGUAUUCCGGUUAGUUUAAUUUUUGAAUUCCCAAUAUACUAUUUACAAAGUAAUCUUUUUCAGGAAAUGCUACACAAUAAGAACAAAAAAGUUGAAGCAUAUAUCAAUUGUCUUGCCACAUCUCAAAGAGUCUGGGCUAUAAUUAUACAGAGAUUUAUGAUUGAUAUUCAAUCAAAUAUUUUCAAUAUUUAUAGUAUUCAUCGGGCCGAGAGAGCACAAUCUGUUGAGCAGUUGAAAGAACUUAUGGAACAACGAAAGAAGGAUAUAACUCUUAUUGUUGAUCUUGUUUUCGAUUUGACUCUCGCAAAAUCAUUGAUUGUCAAGUUUAUGAAAGGACCGAAAAAUGCUUCGCUUGCUCGUGUUGUCAACUCAUUCAUUUCACAUUCAAUCUUGCUGUUUGAAAGAAUUCGACCAUCCCCAUGGCUCAAUUCAGCAUUCCAAAAUAACCAACCUUGGAGAAAUCGUUUUGCCGAUUUUGAAGAUUCUGUCAGUUUGUUAACAAUGACACUCGAAGACAAAAUUCCGACCAAUUUUGAUGUUGAUUCAUUCUUGCAACAAUGUGCCCGUGAACAUAUUGAUCCAAAUCUUGUUCAAAAUCAAAUGCAAAGCUUCAAUUCUUCAAAUGCCAGAGCUACAUUACUUGAUGCGUUCUGCAACCAAUCUGCUUUGUUGUUCGACGCUAUGCGACAAGCUGUUCCGGAUGGUAUUGCUGAUCAUCGAAUUAUGUUAUAUUAUCGACAUCAAUUAUGGAUGAAUAUGAGACAACUUCUGAACCGUGAAGAGAUUUUCGUGACUCGAGAAGAUAUUUCCAAUUUGCCUGAUGCCACAAGAUCUUUAAUGACUUCUGCAGUAGCUGCUGGUGGAACCACAAGCUAUUGUAUUCAUUUGAGUGUUCUAGAAAUGCAGCAAUUGUAUUCACAAUUAUCGCGAGUGUAUCCUGGUGCUCCAAUGGUUCAACCAGCAAAUAAUGGAUUUGCAAUCUGGGUGGAUGAUAAAUCAUUGACAUUCUCGAUUGUUGUGGAAAGACCAGUAACAGUUAUUAAUGAUCCAAGACAACGGAAACAUGUUUAUUACUAUAGAGAUUGUCGAGAAGAAUAUGAUUAUGAGCACACAUUCGAACUUCCUCAAGGAAAUAUCAGAGUUAUGGUAAGUGUUUUCAUUCAGGAACAAAGGAAUACGAUAUACUAAACAAAUUAUCUUCAGGUUUGCAAAA